AUGGUCAUUGUGGAACUGCUUCGUCUUGUUCUUGCGGUACAAAAGGAUGCCAUCACCAUUGGCAAUUUGCCUCUGCCGCACCUGUGUGCUGUGCAUGCCAUCCUCGCCUGUGUCAUGUCCAUUGUCGUACCCCUGGCACCCCUGCCGCCACUGGUACCACAUGUGGAAGAGGUUAUCAAUCGACGCCAGGAGACCGCACCCUACCUCCUCCCUGAGGUCGCCUUCAACCGCAAAAACACCCAGGACACCUAUCCCACGGAACUGGCCAUUCCCGAGGAGCUGCUCUUCUGCGUGGACAAGGUACGUGCAGCCCUGGUUGAUGCCGAUUUCGAUGCCAGCACCCUAGAGACUCCCUACCCAGCCUUCGAUCCUCUGAGAACCCUGCCAGCUAGCAGUCGUAUGAGUCUGCCGUCCGGAAUGCGUGCUAGC